AUGCCUAAGGACAGUGAUAAUGUCCGAGUUCAAGCUGAACCCAGCUCGCUGGAUUUAUUAAAUACAGUUUCUGUGAAAGUUCCAGCCUUUUGGCCAGAUUCUGCGGAGGCCUGGUUCGUCCAGGUUCUGGAUCUCAUCAAAUCUCCCCCGUCCUCCGACCCCUACGAAGCUUUGAAGAGCCGUUUGUUGAGGUUGUUUACUCUCGACGACUAUCAAAGGUAUGAAGCAAUUUCUAACCUCCCUUUCUCAGGUGAUAUGAAACCUUCCAAGCUCAUGUCAAAUAUGCUUGCUCUACUCCCUCUUGAUCACAAACCGUGUUUCUUUCUCCGGGGAGCGUUUCUGAAGAGAUUGCCCGCCGACAUUCGGGCUCACCUUCUGAGGGAUGAUUUUUCCGAUCCUAUAACCUUGGCCUUGAAAGCAGACGAAAUCUAUCAGAGCAGAGUGUCCUCCUCUCCUGUUUAUGCUGUUUCCAGCACCCCGGAGGAUUCUGUCAAUGCUGUGAGAUCCUCACCUACAAACCGGCCACAACGUUCAGCAACUCCAUACUCCGGCAGCUGGGAUAACAGGUCAUCGUCUCCAACCCUGUGUUACUACCAUCAUGCCUGGGGAUCUAAGGCCAAGAAGUGUAGAGCUCCAUGUUCAUGGUCGGGAAACUAG